CACAGACCAACGACGGCGAGAAAAAAGAGCGAGGGAAAAGUCGAGAGGGAAGCGUAAGUCAGAAAGCCAGAUGGAAAAAGUUGGAUACUGAGGAGCGAGCCAACCAAAGACCAGAAUAUUCCCUUUAAGUCAUGCCGCUGCACAAAUCAACCCGGGCACCUCGCCUGGACCCCACCAUGAUCUCAGCCCCACUGGGUGACUUCCGCCACACCAUGCACAUUGGGAGGGGAGGAGAUGCCUUUGGGGACACCUCCUUCCUGUCCACUCUGGGCCCGAGCUCUGCCAGCCCCGACCCUGGGAGUCCAGGGACGAUGCCAGCUGCCGACCCUCAGGUGGCAGUCAACCACAGCGAUCUACAUACAGACGCUCCAGGAAGCCCUCAGAACAAUGAGCUUCAGCACUCUGAGUCAGUGUCUUCAUUUGACCUGGACCUGGAUCUAGGCCCGUCUAUGCUGGGAGACGUACUAGGGGUGAUGGACGGUUUGGGGUUGGACUCCAAUGAGGAGGAUGUGUUCAAUCCCAAAAGUAGCACAUCCUCGGUGGAAACGAAUCAGGGAAAAGGGGCCGUGGAGAUGUCUGUGAACAUGCAGAACGAGCUGAAUGGGAAGAACUUGGUUGGGUUGGAUGGAAACCAGGUGGGAGACGGCAGGAUACCAGACGGGAAUGGGAUCAAGCAAAAGGGGUUACGACCAAAAGUGCGAUUCAGUGACAAACGAGAGGAGAUAAUUCGGCAAGCAUCUGAAGAGGAAGAGGGUCAAGGGUUCGACUUCCAGGAUGAGGAUCAGUUGGCGUGUCGCAGUCCAACGGCGGGUGAGAGCGUAGUAGGUGGAGGUGAAACCGAGGUCACCAAUCACAAAGUAGAUUUGCCACCUAGUCCGGCCUCGUCACAUAACUCUGAGUAUGAAGGAGUCACCCCAUUGGACAGGAGGAGGGUCGACAGCUGCCAAUCAGAGACUGAUUCAGAGGAGGGGGAGGAAGAGGAGGAGGAGGAAGGGCGGGGCUAUACAUUUGAAGAUGAGUUUGAUGAUGAAAUUGGUCUAUAGGGGACAGGUACAGUUUUCCCUUGAAAACAGAUCUUUGCUGUCAAGUAAAUCAAGUAAACUGUAUUUUCAUAAACUCAUAACUUGAGUAUCAUUUGAAUGGGAGGCAGAAUUAACUGGAUUUUAUAAAAAAAAAAAGAUUUACAGUUUGACGAUGUUGCUCAACUGGAAAAAGCAUUUCAUGUUUUAUUAGUAAGGGUAACAGAUUUGCAAUAGAUUGUCAUCUUGAUCAGUGAAAGAUUUGUUUUGUAGCACUUUGAUUUUUUUCAUUGACUUGGUUGCUUUGCUAUGAAACGGACUAAAUGAAUGCUUGUAUUGUUAAUUUCAAUUACUAUUUCUGCCAUCUGAAGUUCACACAUUGAACUUUGUUAUAGUGCCUUAAAGACAGCGUUUUUCUUACAUUAUUGUACUAUGUGCUAUAUAAAUGUCUUAAUAAUUAUUUCUCAUAUUGCAUGUUUUAUUAGAAUCUGUCUUCUCUUGAUGUUUAAUGCAUUUGACGAACUUUAUGGUUCCCAGAGACAUUGUCAGAAAAUAGUUGUCCUGUGAAUAAUUAAUUGAAUUUAUCACAUUCCAAGUCAGACAGUGUGCACAUCUGUUCACAUCUGUUUUCAAGUAGCUAAAGCUUUUCUGUGGGCUGUGGGGCUGGACUAAUACUACAAUGCAAAGACAAUCAUGGGAUUUAAAGGUCAAUUGUAAAUCAGGACCAGCGGUGUAUUUUGUACAUGUUUGCUUGUAUUUUGAAAAAGUAUUUUAUUUCAUAAUGCUGUAAAAGGGAGAUACCAUUAUGCUCUGUUGAAAAUGCUGGUUCAAACAUAAUUGUUAUCCUGUCGUUUAAUAAGGAUUACAGUGAAAACAAUAAAACAAUUAUUGGGAUUUUAAAAUAUU